AUGAAGCCCAUUGUCCAAAGAAGACGAUCUACACCUUCUACCAUUGCUAAAGCUCUUGGCAAGUCAAGGUACCAUUCCAGAGAAACUGCCCUUUCCUGUUCUCACCUUGACAAUGGGCUGCCAAGUGGAGUGUUCAGCAGCCCAGGCUCCACUUACAUCCUGGAUGAGCGGGUGCAGCUGACCAUGGGCCUGCAGACCCAGGAGAGACACCUGAUCCUGUUCAGCGAUGUGCUGGUCAUUGCCAAAUCCAAAUCCUCCUCCAGCCUGAAGCUGAAAAAGCAGGUGCAUCUGAGUGAAGUAUGGACAGGCACCUGUCUCAGCGAAGUGACAGAGAAAAAGAUGAGUUCUGAGAAUUCAUUUGUCAUCGGCUGGCCUACCACCAACUAUGUUGUCACCUUCAGCUCAGCUGAUGUGAAGGAGCAAUGGCUGUCUGCACUGCUGUGGCAUAUCAAUGAGGUAAAACAGAAUGAAUAUCUGAAGAAUCUAACCCUUCAAAUCUUUGUGCUGGAUGCUGACAACUGUUCUAUUACGGCAUCAGUCGAUGUGUCCAAUGUGGAAACUGCAGAGAGUGUGAUGAAGAAGACCCUUCUGCAGGUUGGACUUCCUGGCACGACAAGUGAACACCAUCUCUGGGUGAUCUCAGGAAAAGAUGACCCUCCUUACCCUCUUAUUGGGCACGAGCAUCCCUUCAGCAUCGCCUUGACCUGUCUCCAGGACUCUGCUGACCAGCAACAAGGAACCAACAACAGCACCAUCCUGGCUGAUGGGACAGAGGCUUCCUUCCUUGAUCAGCUCCCAAAGGAGAAGCAGUGUCAGUUUGUCCUGAAGCCCAGGCUCCAAGCUCCCAUUCAGCUGAGGAGAGAGUCGCUGCAGAAGCUCACCAAGAGGAAGAAGUCUCUGAUCGACUGGGCCCUGCGCCGCAGCACCAGCCCCCCUGCGGGCAGGUCCCCCUCGCAGUCGCCCACCGCCCCACGGAAGCUCUUUGGCCUCUCCCUGUCCUCAGUGUGUCCUGACGGGAGCCUCCCAAAGCCAAUCAUGGAUAUGCUGCUGCUGCUGUACCACGAAGGUCCCUCCACUAGGGGCAUUUUCAGACGUUCUGCCAAUGCCAAGACUUGCAAGGAGCUGAAAGAGAAGCUGAACUCUGGAGAUGAUGUCCAGGUGGAUGGAGAGUCAGUCUUUGUGGCUGCAGCUGUCAUCACGGAUUUUCUCCGAAAUAUACCUGACAGUGUUCUAUCCUCAGACAUGCACAGACUGUGGAUGGAAGCUGUGGACACGGAAAAUCGGGCACAUAAGAUUGAAGCUAUCAAAAGUCUUGUCAACCAGCUCCCAGAGGCCAACCUCAUCUUACUCAGACACCUCUUUGGAGUUCUCCAUCACAUUGAGCAGAAUUCUGGUGUGAAUCAGAUGAAUGCCUUUAACCUGGCUCUUUGCAUAGCACCCAACAUGCUGUGGCUACCGAGUCCCACGGGGCCUGAAGAGGAGAGCAGGUCUACAAAGAAGGUGGCCUCGUUAGUGCAGUUCCUUAUUGAAAACUCGGGAGAGAUUUUUGGAGGUGACAUUGCUUCCUUGUUUCAAAGACCAGACAAAAAGAAGUCCAAAACCUCAGAGGAGUGCCUGGGCACAGGUUUGGCUCAGCAUGAUGAUUCCUCUGAUGAGCUGGAAUUUUCUGCUUGUGACCCAGAAGGACCAAAGCAUGACAUGGUACCUGACACAGAUGCCAUUUUUGAACCAUCCAGCAGCUUAUUUUUUGGUGAGGAUCAGGAAGACUGGGACUUGUUCAGUGAGAUCACAGCCUGCUACCAAAGCAAAGCCCAGAAGAAUGCCAGUGGAGACAGCUACGAGCUCCUGGAAGAGGAGGGCUCCUUCUGCUCCAUCGGCUCCAUCCGCUCCCUCAGCCCAGCCAGGGACCGGUGCUCCUCAGAGCCCAGCGUUUGCCUCAGCUCCCAGCUGCCCGCCCAGAGCCACGAGCCAGUGGCCCGCCAGUCCAGCUGCGAUGCCACCAUCAUGGGCAACCACACAGACUGCUUCCACAGGCUCAAGCAGUUGCAGGUGGAGAGCCAGAAGCUGAUUGAUGAAGCCCUAAGCCCUGGGGCUAAUAAGGCCCAGCAGAACUUGUGGCAGUCACCUCAGACCAGCUCUAGGCUGAAGAAACUCAGCCUUCAGAAGUCCAGCCUGUCCAACAGGUCCAGCUUCUCUAGCCUGUCAUCUACCACCACCUCCCCAUCUGCCUCCUCACUCAGCUCCUUAGACAGUGCUUUCUCCUACUGCUCUGAGUCAUCAGCCAUUAGUCCCACAGACGUUUCAUCCCUGCCCUUCAUGUUUGGUACAUCUGCCAGGCUUCAUGCUCUGUCCCCCAGGAUUGCCAAGAGGUCCCUGAAAGAGUGGCACAAGUCCUUCAUGUCUCCUGUGCCUUUACAAGCAUGUGACCUGGACAGUUUCCAUGAGUUUGACCCCAAGGCUGUAGAGAGCAGCCAUUGCCUUGGGGAGAUGUCAAGCUUUCCAUCUGUCAGCAGAGCUGCCGUGGGGAGCCCACCAACUGACACUGACUGGGAGGGUGAGGAGAGAGUAGAGUGGAGAUGUGAGGGCAACCCCAGCCUACGGCUCAUCAGCCAGGAUUGUACCAAAGAGCUUGAACAAAGCCCUGAGCUCUGUGCUGCCAGCCCAGCUGGUGAAAAAUCCCCAGAGGUCAGCCCCCAGCAGCACCAGGAGAAGGCAGUGAAGAACAUCAAAAUCAAAAGCAUCGCUGCUUCCCCUCCAAGCCAGGAAAGCCUGAAGCGAACCAAGAUAACUUUUUAUGUGGCCCCCAAUAAAGAAAGCUCUUGGGGGUGUCCAGUGGAAGAGGACAAGGAGAGACCCAUGGACAAUGCCAGCAGCAAUGGAGAGCAGAGCCUGCCCAAGAGCUUGCAGACCAUGAGAGUCCACAUCCCCCAGACAGUUUUCUAUGGGCAGAACACCCCCCUUGUCCUGCAGUCCAUCUCCAGGCACCACCACCACAAACCAAUGACCCUGUCCCCACAGGCAGAGCCCAGAGGAAGCCCCCAAAGCACCUCCACUCCUGAGGAGCUGGAGGGCAAGGCAGUGGGAAGGGUGCAGGCGCCAGCCCACAGCCAGGGCUCCCACACCCUCAGCCACACCAUCCGGAUCAUCCUCCCUGCCGCCGUCCGGGGCACUGUCAGCGAGUACUUCAGGCACGAGGACACCAACAGUUUUCCUGCCGCCGAGGUGGAAGCAGUGGAGAAGGAGCUGCUCCGGAGCAGGGUGGAGUGGCUCAGGAGCCAGCCCCAGGCAGGGCUGUCCCCAGAGGAGCCUGACACCACAGCCUGUGCCCAAGAGACCUUUGUCUAG